GUUAAACCCGGACUGUAAACACAGGUCACGUGACGCCCCGUGUGACGCAUGCACUAACCCGGAAGAAGGGUCUCGAGACAGCUGAAAGUCAAAAUGGUGUCUCUGAUCUGCACUGUACAAGACCACCGUGAUGACGUGAACUGCUGCGCCUUCUCCGCCUCGCUCCUGGCCACCUGCUCCACCGAUAAAACCGUGAGGGUCUACUCCACCCGGGACUUCUCAGAGCUCCCGUUCUCGCCGCUCUCGGGCCACGGCUAUGGUGUCCACUGUUGCUGCUUCAGCCCUUGUGGUCAGUACCUGGCGUCCUGCUCCACCGAUGCCACUACAGUGGUUUGGGCGAUGGGCGGCGGAGAGAUUGAGGCUGUGCUCGAGCACCCGGGCAGGAGUCCGGUCAGGGUGUGUGCCUUCUCGCCCGACUCCUCGUGCUUGAUUUCGGGAGCUUCAGACGGCACUGUGGCUCUGUGGGACUUCCCGUCCAGAACUCUGCGCAGGACUGGCUCCGUUCCUGACACCACAAUGGUAGCGUGUUCCUUUAGCCCCUGUGGUCAGCUGUUUGCUACAGGAUCCACGUAUGGAGAUCUCCGUAUCUGGGACCUGGGCAUGAACCAGCUCCAUGCGGAGAAGUACGCUCAUGACCUCGGGGUCACCUGCUGCCAGUUUGCAUCGCAGAUACUGACAGAUAAGUCAGGCCAUGUGGUCCAGUUCCGUUUGGCCUCCUGUGGUCAGGACAGCUUGCUGAAGAUCUGGCUGCUUUCUCGGAACUUUUCUACAGGUUGUAAAAUGCAGCUGCUACACACACUGUCGGGUCAGUCCUCUGCUGUCCUGUGUUGUGCCUACUCUGCAGACGGACAGCUUUUAGUCUCUGGGUCUAUGGAUAAGACUGUUGCAGUUUAUGAAGCAAAUGGUGGAGUCUUACUCUAUACCUUGAACCAGCAUGAAAGGUAUGUGACAGCAUGUGCAUUCUCCCCAACCGCCCCCCUUAUAGCCACCGGCUCCAUGGAUAAAACGGUGAACGUAUGGAGGGUGGAGGACGGCUGCAGCUCUUGGGGUGCUGAUGGCAAAUCUCUUCCAGAUGACGUCCCAUGCGGCUCACAUGAAGCAGGCAGGAAGUGGCCGGGUCAUUCCAGGCUGACGGUGAGCGAUUGGUCCGAGGACGACGUGUCGGCAUGGUUACGGGAGGAGGGGCUGGAGAGCCUCAUCGACACGUUUAAAGCCAAUAAUAUCGACGGAGCCGAACUGCUCUCGCUCAGCAAGGAGAGCCUCAGCUCAGAGCUCCGUAUAGAGUCACUGGGCUUGCGCAAUAAAAUUCUGCGGAAGAUCGAGGAGCUGAAGGUGGCACCGGUAUCUGACGGCAUUCCUGACGAGUUCCUCUGCCCCAUCACGCACGAGGUCAUGAAGGACCCGGUGAUCGCUGCAGAUGGCUACUCAUACGAGCGGGAGGCCAUCGAGAGCUGGAUCAAGACUAAGAACCGCUCCAGCCCCAUGACCAACCUGCCCCUGCAGACCACACUGCUCACCCCCAACCGCACGCUCAAAAUGACCAUCUGCCGCUGGAGCAGCAGCCAGUGAGGCUGGUCAAACGCACCAUGCCAAACAGAACAGCACCGAAACCCCUGGUCUGAGGGGGACGUCCUGUAAUUAAUGCUGUAACAGCCCUGAAUCAGGUAUGCUGGGCGCUUAAAUCAAAACCACGCACUGGCCGUGUCCAUCGAAAGCCUUGCACUCGACCGCACUGUCUCAAGGUUAGCACGUCAUUCCUCCUCGUCUAGACACCUGCUUAAAAUGUGAAACUACACACGGGUAUCACGUCAAUGAUGUGCAUUAGACUGACUGGGUGGAGUCUGUAGAAAGCUUCCAUUAUAGAUUUAUACAUCAGUUAUCAAUCAAUUUGUUAAUCAAUUUGUCAUCGAGCUUAAAUCAGUUUUGAUUUUAAACAUUUGAAAGACAAAGGCUGCAAAAAAUGUAACUCAAUCUAUUAAUUUAAACCUAAAUAGUCUUAAUUUAAUGACUUUAUCUACGCAAACUGUCUUAAUAGAGAGAUGACGUGCUUCAUGCAGCUUAUCUCAAACGGUGCGCUACUGAGGAAACAGCACACUCGCUUAAUACUACAAGAAGUACUGUCUGUUAGACCCUGUGUAGUGAACAGGAAAUGAUUUAUUUCUCCCACUGUCUAGGAAAUAUGGAGUUAGGUAGUCAGUGAAAAUGAAGUGAUAAAUAAAUAUCACUGGGGUUAAUAUGUGCUCAUAAUAUGCUCAUUAUUCCAGUGAAAUUCAACAGCUAAAGAAAAAUCUAAUGCUUCAGUUUAGAUAUUUUGGGCAUUGAUGCUUUGGAAAAUCUGUUAUUUUUACCCACCCCAUGGCUUUUAUUAUUAUUAUUAUUUUUUGUUUGUUUGUGUACUUUUUUGGUAAACUAACACAAUGAUGAAUUAAUUUAUCAAGUCUUAGUUAUCUUUUUUUUUUUAAAACUCUGCACAAAUAACUUCUGUCUUCACCUCUGUAUGCAUGUUUAUUCCACACAACAGUGUUUAGCUGUAUGAUUUUACGCUCUAAUCUGGUUUUUGUGACGGCAUUGUGCGAAGAUAUUAACAGCUACAGCGUUAUUGUUGUGUGUUAAACGCUAGGGCAGAGCAACCAAUCACAAUGCUCGUAAAGCUACAGCAUUAAUCCCGGAUUGGAUUACAGCUGUGUAAAGCAGAUUACAUCCCUGUAUUAUCAAUGUGACACUCCGCAGGUUUAACGAAGGGUUAAGAUAUCGCAGUCUUAAUAAAAUUAAACUCAUUUACAUGGUUU